AUGGCAUCGGAAGAGAAGCCCAUCCAAGUCACGGAUAGCCUAGAUCAAUAUACUGAAAACAAACACGAACAAGACCAUGACCAGGUUAUAUAUACCGAGAAGCCCUUACCAUUAGCAAAUAUUGUGGCUAUCGGUGCAGGUUUAUGGUUUGCCGUGUUCUUAGUUUCGUUGGAUCAGACAAUAGUAGCCAAUGCCACACCCAGAAUCUCGGAUGACUUUCAGAAACUAUCUGAUGUGGGUUGGUACGGUAGCGGAUAUCUCUUAACUACGGCGACCUUUCAGCUCUUCUACGGAAGAGUCUAUGCGAAUUUCUCUAUCAAAUACACCUUCCUCGCCGCGAUCAGCAUUUUCGAGCUCGGCUCUCUAGUCUGUGGCCUCGCUCCAACCAGUACAGCUCUCAUCAUCGGUCGUGCCAUCGCUGGCCUAGGAGGGGCCGGUAUCACGUCCGGUGCAAUGAUCAUCAUUGCUAGCUCUGUCCCUCUACGAUUUCGGCCAAUAUUUGUUGGUUCCCUCGGGGCUGUUUUUGCCGUAGCAUCGGUCUUAGGGCCCAUACUCGGCGGGAUAUUCUCUACUCAUCUCACGUGGCGUUGGUGCUUCUAUAUAAACCUUCCAUUCGGUGGCGCCACAAUAGCUGCUAUCCUGGUUCUUUUUGACCCUCCAAAACGCCCUGAGCUUGACUCUCUUUCUCUAAAGGAGAAAAUGACCAAGAUUGACAUAGUUGGCUCCUUGAUUUUCAUCCCUUCUAUAGUCUGUUUGUUACUAGCGCUUCAGUGGGGAGGUUCGACUUAUCCAUGGAAUGAUGGCCGAAUCAUCGCGCUAUUCGUCAUUUUCGCCUUAUUAGGGGCUACGUUUCUGAUCUUUGAGUAUUGGAAGGGUGCUGAAGCUACGUUCCCGCUCCGGAUUCUAACUAGGAGGAGUAUGGCUGCCGCUACAUGGAAUUGUUUCUGCAAUGGAGGAACAUCACUCACGUUUAUCUAUUACAUUCCCUUCUGGCAUCAGGUAGUUCGUGGUGUCAGCGCCGUCGAUGCCGGCAUCGCACUACUUCCAUUCGUCUUGGGGGUAGUUAUCAUGGCUAUGAUUUCUGGAGCGUUGGUCACUAAAUUCGGAUACUAUGCUCCGAUGAUGAUACUCGCCUCUAUUAUUACCCCGGUCGGAGCAGGCCUCCUGACCACCUGGACAGUGAAUACGACUUUCUCCCAGUGGGUCGGCUACCAGGCGCUGUUAGGGUUGGGUUUAGGAUUGGGCCAGCAACAACCCUAUAUGGCAAUACAGACAGUCCUACCUAAGGCGGGCAUACCUUCGGGCACAUCUAUUAUUUUACUGGUGCAAACAAUCAGCGGAGCGAUCUUCGUUUCCGUUGGUCAAUCUGUGCUCCAAAAUGAACUUAUCAAAGACCUUGCGGCAGCAUUUUCUAACGGCGAUGUUGAUCUGCCAAAUCUCGCGAACAUUGGAGCAACCCAACUGCGGUCUGUUACGCCGCCGCAAUACCUCCAGACGGUCUUGGUAGUCUACAACAGUGCUCUAACCAAAGUCUUCACAGUCGGUUUAUGCACCUCGGCGCUUACUUUGAUCGGCAGUCUCGCAAUAGAAUGGAAGAGUGUUAAGAAGUCUAAUAAUUAG